AUGGUGACCAGGAAACAACCGGAAUGGCACGUACCCACCCCAGAGGAACCGGUCCCUGUGCUCAAGGUUUAUAAUUCCCUCACAAGAUCAAAGGUAUCUCAUUUGUUUGCUUAUCCAAAGAGUUUGACAUGCAAUCUUGUAAAAUGGUAUAAUUGUGGUCCCACGGUUUACGAUGCUUCGCACAUUGGGCAUGCUAGAGUAUACGUCACGAUUGACAUAAUUCGUCGAAUAUUAACAGAUUAUUUCAAUUAUAAUGUAUUAUUCGUGAUGAACAUAACCGACAUUGACGACAAGAUCAUCCUUCGAGCCCGUCAAAAUCAUCUCUUUGAAAAUCUCAAAUCAUCUACGGAUGCGCUUACACCGGAAUUAAUCGAAACAGUCCGUACGGCGUUAAAUGAUUUUGCAAAAACCAAGCUGGUUCACGGUGAAAUCACCGAUAAAGAAGAUCCAAAAUACCUUUUGCACGCCAACUCAUUUAGGGAAACGGUCCAGGCUGUUGCAGCGGCCGAGGUAUCACUUGAAGAUAAUGACACAAGUAAAGAAACGGCUCAUCAAUUAUUGAUUGAUUCCUAUGAGGUUAUUGUCGCGUGGUUAGACAAAGAGAAAGGUGCAUCGAUCAAGGAUCCAAAGGUCUUUCGCAAUUUGGCGGCCCAUUGGGAAAAGAAUUAUAUGGAGGAUAUGAAAGCGUUGAAUGUUCUCCCUUGUGAUGUCUUGACACGUGUUAGCGAAUAUGUACCAGAAAUCGUUACCUACAUUCAGAAAAUUCUCGAAAAUGGCUAUGCAUAUGAAUCUGAUGGAUCGGUGUACUUCGAUACGAGUGCAUUUGACGGCAAAAACGGUCAUCACUAUGCCAAGUUGGAACCUUGGUCGGCAGGCAAUGAGAAACUUAUCGAGGAGGGAGAGGGUAGCUUGGGAAGUAAACUGAUUGGGAAAAAAAACAAAAGUGACUUUGCCCUGUGGAAAAAGAGCAAACCGGGAGAGCCAUCUUGGGAGUCACCUUGGGGAUCGGGUCGCCCUGGAUGGCAUAUCGAGUGUUCAGUGAUGGCAAGCGAAAUUCUUGGUGAAAAUAUGGACGUUCACUCGGGUGGGAUUGACCUAGCAUUUCCUCAUCAUGACAACGAAUUAGCACAGUCAGAGGCAUAUCACGGAUGUCAACAAUGGGUCAACUAUUUUAUUCACGCCGGGCACUUGAAUCUUGAAGGUCAAAAGAUGAGCAAAUCGUUGAAAAAUUUUAUUACUAUUCGGCAAGCGUUGGAAAAAUAUAGUCCACGACAAAUUCGAUUAUUCUUCCUUCUUCACCAGUGGGACGCAAAAAUAGAUUUUAAAGAUUCCAGUUUGUCGGAGGCAAAGAGUAUCGAAACAAUCCUCAAUAAUUUUUUCGUCAACGCUAAAGCUCUAAUAAAUGAGUCCAAGCACACUGCAUACGAAUCCGAUGGGAAACAUCGAUAUCGUGACUCGGAAAAAGAGAUCUUGAGCCUUUUCAUCGAAAAGCAAGAAGCCAUCCACGCCGCGCUCUGCGAUUCGUUCAACACACCAAUUGUCAUGUCAGAAAUAAUGGAACUGGUAAACAAGGCUAAUAUUUAUGUUUCGACGGGAAGAAAUAACAUAAAUGUAAAUGUGGUUGAGGUAAUAGCGAAAUACGUAACGAAAAUGUUAAGAAUAUUUGGUGCCACGGAAAGUCUUACGGGCGAAGAAAUCGGAUUCGGCACAUCCGAGAAGCAAGGGAUUUCCAUUAAAGAAAAGGAUGAGUUUCUUCUUCCCUAUCUUCGUGUCCUGUCAGGAUUUCGCGAUAACGUUCGCGAACUUGCUCGACAGAAAAAGGGUCACGAUGAAUUCUUGUCAAUCAGUGACAGACUGAGAGACACCGAAUUGGUGGAUCUAGGCGUAUCAUUAGAUGAUCAGGAAGAUGGAAAAGCUUUGGUUAAGUUGGUCGAUCGGGACGAACUCAUUAAGGCACGAGAGGAAAAGUUGAAAGCUCAGGCCGAAAAGGCGGCCAGGAAGGAGGCCGCAGCAAAAGCAAAAGAGGAGGAGAAGAUGAGAAAGUUGGAACAAGGAAAGAUAGCACCUGAGAUGAUGUUCAGGGAGGCCAAGGAUGAAGAGGGUAAAAACCUGUAUUCAGAAUUCGAUGAACAGGGAAUUCCAACACACGAUAACAAUGGAGAAGAAGUUUCAAAGAGCAAGUUAAAGAAAUUAAAGAAAGAAUGGGAAACUCAGAAAAAAUUGAACACCGAAUAUUUAGAUUGGCAACAAAAACAAAAUGCUGAGCAGGGCGACAGUCGCGAAUAA